AUCACACGACACGGGACAACUCGCAGCUCGCAACCGAAGGAAAAAAAAAUCGCGCAAGAGGCUGCAAGAAUGUACCAGGCCAUCCCGUACAGCGCCAGCCGGCCGUGGCCGCCACGGCCACGGCCGGCGUCGGUGGCUCCCGAGGCGGCGGCCAUCGUCGAUGCCGUCGCAGCGGUUGCCGAGGAGUCUCUGAAUGCGCUGCCGGAGGCGGCGGGUGCAAGGGGGGAGGAGGUGAGGCGGGCGGUGGCGGAGAGCUCGGUGCUGGUGGUGGGGAGGCGUGGGUGCUGCCUCAGCCACGUCGUGAAGCGGCUGCUGCAAGGGCUCGGGGUCAACCCCGCCGUGCACGAGGUCGCCGGAGAGGCGGAGCUCGCCGGGGUCGUUGAUGGUGACGUCGCGCUCCCGGCUGUGUUCGUCGGGGGCAGGCUCCUCGGGGGGCUCGACCGGCUCAUGGCCGUGCAUAUCUCCGGCGAGCUCGUGCCCAUACUGAAGAAAGCCGGUGCACUCUGGCUUUGAAAAGACGGAGUUCUUGCUUCCAAUCCUCUCUCGGGUUGUAGCAUAUUACUGGCGCUCUUCCUCCUCUUUUUUUUUUCCUUGCUUCGAAUUGUUGAUGGUGUUGUUAACUUGUUAUUAAGUAGGAUUUCGAUUCUUUUAGGGGAAGAACAGUUAGGAAGUGGAGCGUUUAUGUUCAGCGAUUUAUAUAUUUUUUUUGGAAAACACAUUUAUUUUCGGUCAUGUGAAUCUAUAUGAAGAGUGCUGAGAAUUACCUUAGCUUUUUGGAA